GGCAGCUCCCCAGCCUUUUCUACUCUUUCUUUCCCUUUUAAUCGUGUUUUUCCUUCUUCUGGCUUAUUCCAGAGAGGAGAGCUUUGGAUUUCUUGCAGCUUUUCUUUCAUUUUUUUUUCCCCCCUCUGGUAACUGGCCUGCUGCCAGUGCCUUGCAGGGCCAAAGUUUUAUCUGUAGGGAUAUAUUUUUCAAACCAAGUCCAGCUGCACACAGACUGAAUCCCCGCUCCUGGGGCAAGCUUCACUCGGAGGAGGAAGAGCAGCAGGAGCGUUGUGUGUGCCUCUCCUCCAGCUAUUCCUGUCAAGAUGUAUUUAUGGCUUUAAAAGGAGUCGUGGGGGAGGAAGGAAAAUUGCCUCCAGGAGCCAGAGCUCGCACCACAGCCUAGCAAAACACACGUCGAGGAGCAGAGAGCUCAAGGCAUGGGAGUGAGAUUGCGCUGGGAUCUGGUGGAUCCGGACUAUGACUGAUCUCAGGCUUUUGGUCUGCCUUCACAGAGCCCAGGUGGUGGAUUUAAGGUAAUUUGGCCAGGACCAGGCUCUGCUAUGUUGGCCAAGGCGCUGCUUUCCCUUGGUCUGUGGCUUCGGUUUGCUGCGGGACAGGAUACACCUGAGCCAGGUCCCCAGCCAUUGAUCUCCAACACAGAGGGAGAUCUCCUCUUCCUGCUGGACAGCUCUGCCAGCGUCUCCCACUAUGAGUUCUCCAAGGUCAAGGAAUUCAUGUGGGAUCUUUUGCACCCUUUCACCUUUGGCCCCAGGGACAUCCAGGCCAGCAUCAUCCACAUCAGCACCACGCCCACCAUGGAGUUCCCGUUUGACCAGUACCUGUCCAGUGGCACCUUGAGAAAAGCCAUCAGGGACACACGGCAGCUCAUGGGUGACACCAACACGGGCAAAGCGCUGUCCUACGCCAAGGAGAAGCUCUUCAGUGGGGAAGCUGGGGCCCGGCCAGACGCACCCAAGGUGCUGGUGUGGGUGACAGAUGGCUUCUCCACGGAUGACAUCUCUGAGCCCAUGCAGCUGCUGAAGGACAUGGGGGUGACCGUGUUCAUCGUCAGCACCGGCCGGAGCAACUUCCUGGAGCUGUCAGCUGCUGCCAGCCAGCCCUUGGACAAACACCUGCACUUUGUGGAUGUGGAUGACCUGCCCAUCAUCACCAAGGAGCUCAGGGAUGGGAUUCUAGAUGCCAUCCAAGCCAACCGGCUCCAUGCCACAGACGUCACCUCGAGCAGUUUCCGCCUGAUGUGGCCCAAGUUCCUCUCCCAGGAAACUGGCUACUACAGCCUGGAAUAUGCCCCAGCAGCUGAUCCAGCAAGGAAGAGGACACAACAGGUGUCUGGGGCUCACACCAGCCUUGUGCUCAGCAACCUUGUACCAGAAACCACGUAUGAGGUGGCUCUGGUUCCUGAAUCCAACAUGCACUACUUCCCCCUGCAGACUACAAGGGUCACGACACUGGCAGAGGAAAUCAGCCCAGUUCAGGUUCUCAUCUCGGAGUCUGGGCCUUACAGCUUCCACGUGAGCUGGGCUCCUGUGCUGGACAGCGUGGCCAGCUACCAGCUCCUGUAUGGGCCACUCCCAGGGAACUCAGUGAAGGUGCUGGAGGUGGAUGGGAAGCACAACAGCACUGUGGUGGAGCACCUGGCACCCAACACCACCUACCUGGUGACAGUGACUGCCAUCUAUAGAUCUGGGAAGAAGAAAUCCCUGUCAGCCAAGGCCUGCACCCAGGAAGAGGGCUCCAAGGUGAAGCACCUCCGCUUCCAGGACAUGGGUCCCAACACCCUGAAAGUCUCCUGGGACUCUGCAGCCGGGCCGGUGCUGGGUUACCGGGUGCGCUGCCGGCGGCACAGCGGCCCCUCCUCGGUGCUCAGCGUGUCCCCGCAGGUGCACAGUGUGCUGCUCAGUGACCUGCCCUCGGGCACCAGCGGCAAGGUGUGUGUCCAGCCCGUGUACAGGAACCAACCCGGCCAGAGGCUCUGCCGCAGUGUGCACAGGCAGCCAGCUACAGAGGCCCAAGGAUACAGGCACAGACAGAAAGCGUGAAAGACUGGAGCGAGCUGAUGCCCAGCAGAGUAAGGGAUCUUGCUUGGACAAGGACUUGGACAAAAAGGAGGAGCCAGGGGAGGAAAACACCUCAUCUCCCAGCCUGUGCUGUCUCUUGAGGGGUCCUGCUUGUCCAGCCCAAAGCCUGUCCCCAGCCAAGUUCUCCCAGAGCUUAAAGGCUUGGCCUGGCUGGAUGGAACAACCAAUCUGAUAAAAGAUGCCAAAUCUGUACCCAUUUCAUAUAAACACGCCUGACAAAGAACAAACAGAAGGCAAAGUGGUGGAUCCUCACUAUUGCUUGCUUGCUCCCUGUUCUCUGUUUAUUAAAGGUCGAUCCAGAUUUACUUUUGCAGCUUCUGAGCACAUUCAGGACUUGACUGUUCAGUGCCCUGGCCAUUCAUACAGGGCGCUCAGAGAAAGAUUCCACGCAGCCAAAUCCAUUCCUGCUGCCAAAAGCCAGGGAAGCUGGAGUGUGAGAGAGCAGAAAACCCCAAAUCCUGGGAAUGUGCUUCCCCAGCAGGUCCCUCCAGGGGUUCCAGCCCUCAGCUGAGCUCAAGGAGCAGCUGAGAGUCCAGAAAAGCCAGACAAGACCAUCUAAAGCACUUCUUAUAGUUUCUGUGGUCCUUCCUGGAUCAUUACCACUGCAUUGCUCUGGCAUUCCUGCAGCCCCUUUUCACCAAAUGGGAGUCCUGCUGUCCUCAUGGAGAUUAAUUAGUCUGUUCUGUGACUAAUUACAGGCAAUAAGUCUCCAGCACUAUCAUUCCUCUGCACUCUGAAAACACAGCACAUCUCUGGUGUCUUGUCUUGGGCUUCUACCCAGUGCUAAGCUUCAGCUACACUUAAAAGUCAGGGGUUUUAAAGGAGAAGAGUAAUCUGAUUUUUUCCCUUUGGUCCCCAGGCUUGAACUCGCUGUUGCUAAUCUACUCUGGAAAGGGGAGCUGGGAAAAAAAAAAAAAAAUGAAAAAGACAAAUUAUAAAUACCUAGUGACCAAGCAAAUGGUUUCAAAGUUCAGGGCUUAGGGCUGUAAAGAAAUGUAGAUACUUCUCUGCUAAACCCCAGCAUCAGUGGGAACACCCUCCCUCAGUAACUCCUGCUCUAUUUUAAAUUUACUGCUUAUUUGUCCUACAUGUGGAACUUGUUUGUUGGAAAGCCCCAUGCAAUCUCACAAACCCUUCUUAAAACAGCUCCUUUCAGAGCUAAGAGGAACUUUUAUCCCUGACUUUGUCUCCUGAGAGCUGAAUCCUUCGUCUCCCCAUUUCUGGAGCAUUUUCCUUGGGCUACCUUGUUCAGGAGAGAGGGGUAGAAGGCAGGUGAGUCAUUCAUUAACUCUAUAAAGAGAUUUUCACAUGAUUUGUGUCCUUGUUUGGAAUGUGCAUUUGUGACUGAUUAAUCUCAGUGUUGAAGGAAUGACAAAGGCCCUGGAACUGCUCAUGAAUAAGAUGAUUUUGUUUGUUCUUGCUGUAGGACACAAAUUAAGUUUGCACAACUGCCUGCAUAGUUAAUUAAUACAUUAACGUGUCAUCCCCCCAGUUGUAACACCCUUUUGAAGACAGUUAAAUAAAAGUACAAGAGCUACU